AUGACUAGCCAUGGCUUCUCGUCAUCCGUUGUGGAGACUUUAGCUGGAUUCACAGCAGGAAUUGUGUCAACGCUUUCGUUGCACCCCCUUGACCUGGUCAAGACAAGAUUGCAAGUUGAUCGAUCGUCAUCGUCCCGGCUCGGCAGUUCUCUACGAAUCAUCCGUGAGAUCUCCCAUCAUGAAGGUGGCUUUGCCGCUUUUUAUCGGGGAUUGGCCCCGAAUCUGGUUGGGAACUCUACAAGCUGGGCUCUGUACUUCUUCUGCUAUAGCAGCUUGAAGGACGCUCUUCGAAUAUAUCGCCAGAGAAGGAAUCAUAUGCUUGCAUCGUCCGAUUAUUUUCUGGCGUCUGGAAGUGCAGGCGCUAUUACGGCGAUCCUGACCAACCCAAUCUGGGUGAUCAAAACUCGCAUGUUGUCAACCGGCUCUCAUGUGCCCGGGGCGUACUCGUCACUCACGUCGGGUAUAAAACAAAUCUACCGUACGGAGGGCAUACCUGGCUUCUACCGUGGCCUUGUUCCGGCGCUGUUUGGUGUCAGUCAUGGUGCCCUUCAGUUCAUGGCUUACGAGCAGUUGAAACUCAUCCGGUCCGGGACGAUGAACACCGAAGUCUCUUUCGAUGGCGGCCGAGGCGCCGAGCGGGCAUUGGGCAAUUUUGACUUUUUCGCGAUUUCCAGUUUGUCUAAGGUCUUCGCAGGUAGUGUUACCUAUCCAUAUCAAGUCAUAAGGUCCCGCUUGCAGACUUAUGAGGCGCAUCGGAUUUACCGUGGGGCGAUUGAUGUUAUUUCCCAGAUAUGGACUCGUGAAGGGGCUGCAGGGUUUUACAAGGGUCUUGGUCCGAACUUGUUUCGCGUGCUUCCAAGCACAUGGGUGACCUUUUUGGUGUACGAGAACACCAAGGUCUACCUUUCCGGCCUAGCGCAAAAUAGGCCAUAG